GUCAUCGGCAUUUAUACCAAGUCAACACAAGACGUCAAACGCUGCUCAUAGGAAUAUAUAUAUAUAUAUUUCAGAGUAAGCCGUUGCCAGUCGCUCAAAGUAAUAUUGGGGUGUACGAGUAUUUGCAGGCGUUACUAAGUGCAACACAAGUGGGCUCGUGAGGACAGGAAACGCGGCCGCUUCGGAAUCGAUGAGUUUAUCGUCUGGAAGCUAAGCUAACUGUUAGCAUUCAGGUCCACGGCGCAUUGUGUUUGUGCCGUAGCAGCAGACACUCAUAAUGUGACGAGCGUGUCAAAUUCAAAUUGGAUCAUCUGUCCUUCGUUGCCUCUAACGUGCUGCUCGUUCCGCGCAGGGGUCAUGGGAGUCAAAGGUCUGCAGUACUUCAUGGACUGCUGCUGUCCAGAAGUGUGUGUGACUGUGAACCUGAGGGACAUGGCCGAACAACAUGUCGCCAGAAGCCCAGACACAGCUCCCUGCUCCGACAGCACAGAUCCCACACUCGUUGUGGAUGGCAUGGCCUGCCUGCGCCACUGGUACUCGUGUAAGAACUGGGUGUGUGGGGGGCAGUGGAGGGAAUACAUGGAUGUGCUGCAGAGCUGGGUGGAGGCAUUUAACUCCGCGGGCAUCAGACUGGUCUUCUUCUUCGAUGGGGUGGUGGAAGAGCAGAAGAGAAAAGAGUGGGUGAAGAGGAGACGCAGAGUGAACGGGGAAAUUUCUAAAAUAUUUCGUUACAUCAAGGCACAUGAAGAGCAGCCUGGUAGAGAGCUCUUCUGUCUGCCCUCUGGUCUGGCAACAUUUACAUGCUUUGCUCUCAGGUCCUUUGGUCAGGAAGUGUUUUGCUCAGUGCAGGAGGCUGACUAUGAAGUUGCCAGCUAUGCGCGUCAGCAUGGCAGCAUGGGCAUUCUGGGACAGGACUCAGACUUCAUCAUAUACGACAGUGUCCCCUACUUGUCAGUGGCAAAAUUACGAAUAAACAGCCUCACCACCGUCCUGUACGACCGACAGAGGUUCUGCCGAGCCGUCGGACUAGCUGUUACCCAGCUACCUCUGCUGGCUUGUCUCCUAGGUAACGAUGUGGUGUCAGAGGGGCAGAUGCAACACAUCAGGAACAGUGCCGUAGCAACAUACAGGAAAAAAAGUCCUGUACCUCACCAUGGGGCUCCUCAGGGACAGAUGGUCUUAGCUGUAUCCCAGUUUGUGAGCUCUUUGUGGGGGAGAGAGGAGGAAGAGCCUGGGCACAUCCUUCAGUCUAUGACUCUAUCAGCAUUUCAUCAAGAGCUUCUGGAAAGGGGGAUCUGCGCUUACUUGCUACCUGGACAGGAAGGACUUCACCGAAAUGAAGUCUCUGCACGUCCCCCUGCCUCUGCCUUUGAGAAAUAUGUAAGCCCAGAAAUAUUGAAGGCAUGCAGAGAGAAGCAUGUAGCAGCAGAGGGUUUUAUGGUGUACGGUGUUGUGUGUGAGGGAGUCAUCGAAUGUAGCAACACUCUGGAGGAUGAAGAGGACACUGAACUGCUGCCUCAGGCGCUCGUCUACAAACCCUGCAGACAGCACAUCUAUGGACUGCUGCUCGGCCAUGAUGGCAGCGCUGUUGACCCUCCUGCGAUCAGGGAAUGGUUUGUCUACCCUGGAAACCCUCUGAAGGAACCUGACGUGGUCCACCCUGUCAGCCUCCCAUGUGGUCGCCCCAGUCUGGACUCGUUGUGGUUCGGCACUGGUUCUAAUGUUUCUGCCCUUCGCCUGACAUCCUUCCUUACAAUAUUUGACUGCCAGGAGUUCUCUGAGUUGUACGGCACCGUUGACGCCUCUCUCCUGGCUGCUCUCUGCCUGGUCACUUACAUAGUCCUGCAGGUGCAGACUGUGUCUCAAGAGGACGUGGAUGCUUACCUGAGUCAAGUUGUCUGUCUGAGCGUGAAAUCCCCUCAGGACAUUCGGCAGAUCAAGCUGCCUUUCCUCUCCAGUCGUGCGGUGCAGCUUGGAUCUCUCUAUGUCCGAGGACUGAGCCACCUGCUCGGUGCUAACUGUGCCAGUGGCUGCCCGCUGCCCAACGCCGCCCUGAUGCCUUGGCACAGCUUUGACGGGGUGCUGUUCCACUCAAAGUACCUGCUGGCACAUAGUGGCACAGAUAAAACUGUGCUGCUGGACAGUGAUUCGUCCUGUCUGUCCCUGUUUCUCCAUCUAAGAGAGAAACUCUUAGAAACCUGCAGGAAGAGAGGCAGAGUCCUGCAGUCCAGACCAAGACACAGUGCAACAGGGCAAAGUCAUAAAACCACUACAGGACCCAGAGGCAGAGAGAGACCCACAGGUUGGCCUUCAGGUGGUGGUGAGCGGUGGAAGUCAAGAGGAGAGAUGACAGGCGCUCCUCGACAUGGAGGUGGAUGGAGGGAGAGAGCGGAGGAAAGCAGAGAGCAAAGUGACCACGACAACAGAGAGAGACUGUGGGAGAGAGGAGGACACAGAGGAGGAGAGAUGAGAGGAAGCCAACAUUUCCAUCAUUUUUAUCCUGAAUGUCACGGUGAAGGUCCCCAGAGCACGAGCCAUCGGCCAAAACAGUCCAGAGGUCGAUCGUAUCGCAGCAGAGGAAGAUACCGACUGGCUCCCAGAUGGUCUGAGCCUCCUGCACCGGGAACAUAACUGGAGCCUGAACAGAGAGGAGAGGAGCAGAGGAUUAGCAGAGGGCUUGAGGAUUUAAGAGGAUGGCAAAGUCGUGAUGAAAGCAGAGAAGGAAUCAGAUUUCUCAGAACAAACUGAUUAGGGAAUUACCCGUCAGGAAUGUUUGUCUAAAGGAUGCUGUAGGUAGAAAAGUGGGGGUUAAGAGGUGUCAGGAUGAGGAGAUCAGGAAUACUUUAUUUCAGUUUAAACUGAAGUGAUUUUUUGUGUAUCUUUGAAACAAUCCUUUUGGCAUAAUUUUAAAGUUAACCAUCAUCCUGUCCUUUAUUUCAUGUAAAUGUACGUCUUACUUGGACAAAAAAUGAACAGCACAAAGGAGAGGUCAGCAAACAAACAUUUAACCUUGCACUGAGAAGUGGAUUAAUAGAUUAUCCUCAAGCCAGUUUUUACCUCUUAUCUUUGACUAUUAAAGGGAAAGAUCUUAAAAGCUUUGUGUGUCCAGUGCCAUGAUCCUUUGAAAAGUAACAGUUUUAGCUAGAAAAACAGGAAUGCUUGUAUCAAAUAUCAGCUGAAACAGGACAGUGGCACUAAAUAUUUAGACUCUUCUGUCAUCUGAUACCAGGAGCCUUUUGUGACAAGUCAAAAACAAUUUCAGGCAACUAGAGCGUCUGGUUUUUGUCUUACACAGAAGAAUGUUGGUAAAUAUGAAAAAAUAUGUAAGGGAUACUAAUGGAGAAAGAGGUGCAAUGUUUUAAACCUGAAAACUUUGUACUGUGAAUGUCUUGAUACUAAGCACUGCACUAUACCAACCAAAGAA